UCCCAUCUCCUUUCUCUUAAACCCACCAUCGAAUACCUUCCUGAGUCAUCUCUGCGGAUGAAUCUUCCAAGUCGCUUACACUGAGUCACUGUUACUCCUCCGUAGAGUUGGACUUGGAAUUUCUGUCGAAAGAACAACAACCAUGUUUGGGGUGUUAUUUCCUAAUCGAAGCUUCCCCAUGGACAUCUCCACCUUCGCCCAAAUCGAUACCUUCCAUUGGGUCCUCGACAUGAACACCUUCGUCGGAGAGGCCUACGAUCAGGUUAGAGAGAUGUGUAUCUUCUUGCUUAAUGGCUUCUCUCUCCCACCAGACAAAGCCCUCGCGGUUUAUAUACAGUCCCCUGGCUCUCCCUUUGUCUUCAGCGGCGCCAUCUCUAUCGCUCGACCAUCUGCAGUGCUAACCCUUCAAUGGCCGGAGCCCGGUGGCCAGAUGCAGCUUACUUCGCCGGAUUCCGCCCCUCUCUCCGCCAAGAUUGGUGUUUCUGUUGAGGACCUCGCAUCGUUGCCUUCCUUUGAUGUUGCUUUACAGAAAAGAAUCGAACACUUGGCGCUCAAAGUUGGGGAGAAUCUAUUCAACUUCAUGCAGUCCUUCUGUAGCGUCGAUGGUAGCAGACUUGUGGUUCCUAUGGAUAUACUGGAUCGGUGGUUCAAGAAGUUUCAAGAGAAGGCCACCAAGGAUCCUGAGUAUUUGAAGGGUUUCGUGUUAUGAGUCCAUGAAAAAAGAACUUUUCUGCAGCCAAAUUCAAGUUAUAUGCUCAGUACACUUUGUAUCCCUCAAUGUGAUACUUAGCGGUGGUUGCCUCUUUUGUUGAAUGAAGCCUGAAGUUACGCCGCAAUCAACAGCUAUUUCACCUUUGGAUUGGUAGACGAUGUGUUGGAGAUCUCCUUCAUUCAUGUUUCAAACUUGAUGUGUUUUCCUAUAUGGGUGGUGGUUGUGUUAAAUGGACAUCAUAGUCGUUCUUUGUUUUGAAGGUUGGAAAGAUAUUCUAUUUUGCAUGCAUUUCCGUUUUAAAUAGUUGGACCAUUUUCUGGAAAGGAACACCAGACUAGAUUGAUAUUGGAGACAAUAGCUUGCUUGAUUAAUAAUAUAAUAGUUUGUAUGAGUGCA